AUCCUCUAUGAGCGGAGGUCCUCGUCCCGGUCUGCCUUCAGUCAAUGGGUGCCCGACGUCGGCAUCUAAUGUACACGAGAGGCAAGCAACAUGGACAUGCAGUAUACAUUGAUACGAGAAUUGAAACCGGGGAUGAAGAACCUCAAGCUGUUGUUUAUAGUUUUAGAGAUAGGACGUCCAAAUGUAACCAAAGAGAACCAUGAAGUCCGUUCGUGUAAAGUCGCAGACAAAACUGGUUGCAUUAACAUCUCCGUGUGGGACGAACCUGGCCAACUUCUGCAGUCCGUUUUUAAGAACUGUUUAACGUUAUAUGUCGGAAAGGGAGGAGACCUGCAGAAGGUUAGCGAGUUCUGUAUGCAGUUUAGUGAGCAGCCUAACAUGUCAGAACCCAACCCAGAGCUGGUUGCCCCUAACAAGCCACUGGUAGGAGGUGGUGGCAGUGGUAGCACAGGAGGAGGGGGAGGGGGAGGUGGAGGUGACCCUGGAGUGGGGGGACCAAGAGGACCUGGAUCUCAAGGGGGCUCAGGCCACCAGGGCGGAACUCCCCUUUCAGAAUCCUUACGGGACCCCAGGCUACAGAAACCGAACACAAAUGGAGGGAACAUGGACCCCAGAGCAGGGAAGGCUGGGAUGGGCAACAUGUCAGCCUCCAAUGGGCACGCACAUCACAAUAGCAGUGGGCGACAUGGGGGAAACUCUGGGGGCUCCACAACUAGUAAAAAUCGUAAUCAUGUUUCAUCCAAUAGACAGUCUGCCAAGAGGUAAUGAUGUCAGAUGCAUUAGGAUGUUAAAUGUGGAUCUGGAGAGAGAAAGCGAGAGUGAUAGAAAGGUAGAAGGAAUAAAAAGAUCAAUAAUAUAAGCAUUGUACAUUUUUUUUUAACAGAGAUAAUGUAAAGCAUAAUAUAUUAUUGCAGGGGUUCAUAUCUUGUGAAAUUGAAUGGUAUGAGCAUCUUUCCUCUGUAUGUCUUGAGUGAAUGUCUAAGCACUUUCAGCUCCGAAAUUGACACGGUGCAAAGUAUUGUACUUCAGUGUUUGUAUAGUAGUGUUGUGUGAAAGAAGAAGGAUGAGUGGAAAGUUUGAGCAGAAAAAGUGAUAUGCUUCCAAAUAGCACUCUAAAAUCAAGGAUAUGUAUGCGAGUGUUUUCACGUUUACACAGUGCUUUCACCCCUCAUGACAUUUGUGGUUGUUGGUGAUGUAAAAUAUAUAUGAAACCUUGUCCCUGCAUUGGAUUUACAUUUGAGGUCUACAAUACAUAGUAUUCUUGAUGGAAAAGAAAACUUCUGUCUUUGGCACAGAGAGGAUAAGAAAUUUUUAGGUUGUGCGCAAUGUCUUUGUUUAUUUUUAUAAUUAUUAUUUGAUUUUUAUAUUUUACAGUCAUUGGAAUAUUAAAGUAGAAUAUUGCCUCUGUGUUUGAUGAUUAGAAUGCGAGACCUGGUAUGGAAACCAAGUGAUAUUAUCUUAGUUUAUCCUUUAAGUGUGAGAUCGUGACAUCAAAUGUCUUACAAGUUGUGGUAACAAAUCCUUUUUAAUUUUUAAAAUGAUUUAAAAUGGUUGAAACUGUUCUGCCUUUGGCACUUUGAUAUUAGUAGCAUAAGUAAUUUUGAAAUUGCAGAUGGUAAUGAUCAUAUUGAUUGAUGGUGAAUAUCUCCCUUUUUAAAUAAAGAUUUCGGAUCAAGUUUUAUCAAAUUGUGCUCCUGCUUGUACACUUGUAUAUAUAUAAUUUGUAUAUAUAUAAUUUAUAUAUAAUAUAUAUAUAUAGGGAAAAAAAAAAAUCUUGAUAAAACUUUAGGCGGGCAUGAAGAAAUGACGUCACAAACCACUUGUUAAACAAGUAGGCGGCUCCUCUAUGCCAUAAUUUACAGGUGCCCACCGUUUAUACCCGUCUGUCCAGUAAUGUAAUUGUCAGUUUAUUCCAUUUUAUUAUUAUUAUAAGAAACAUUAUGUCCACUUUUAAUCCAAAGAAUCUUAUUCCCUUUGCUCAUAUUUUUUUGCUUUUUUUCUCCACUACGUUUUCCUGAUUAGUUUAUAUAAAAUAAUCGUCAAACUUCUAGAAAUACAUGGAAAAAAAAAAAUCCCCACCCUUUUUCUUUUUCUUCUUUUCCAUUUUCAUUCAUACCCCUAUGUGAAGAUAUAUACGGAACUAUUAAAACAGUAAAUUAAGCAAUAUUUAGUCCCAGCCAUGAAAGGUUAUUUUCAGAAAACUUUAUUUGCUUAGUACUUAAAAGAUUUUGCACAGAGUAAUUUAUUUAACAUCCACGGUUCUUAGCAUAGAUAGGGAUUUAAUGUUUUGGCUAGAUUAAACUAUUCCCUUGCAUUCGUUAUCCCACUAAGAUUUACCUAUUACGAUCAGAUAUUUUUAUAUCUUGUCAUUUCAUGGUCAUUAUCAUCAGUAAAAAAGGUUUCUUAUAGUGUAGUUUUUUUGUGAAUGUUCCAUUGUCCAAUGCAUUUCUACCUCAAGGGAAAGGAAGGAAAAAAAUAGAAACUGCCAUUACCAUGUACAUGCUCUGCCCACCCAUAUUUCCAACUGUUCCACAAUGGCAUUCCAUUCCAGAUGUCUAAGUUAUUGCGAGUCUAUACCAGGUUUAGAAAUCUACCCUAGUCAUAACUUCCUUUUGACUAUUAAGGUUUGUUGCUCCACUGUGUCUUAACCAUUGAUUCCUUUCUUGCAACUUAACACAAGAGGUAUUUGAUGAAAUGAAAAAUUGUAAAAAGUGAAAAUACAUGUAUAUUUUAAAACAACUUCUGUAUCUCAUUUUUACCAGUCCUGUAGGGAGGGAAUUUCCCCCUCCCCCUACUUGUUUGAGAAAAGAUUGCAAACCCAUUCUUGGAUUCUUUGAUAUUGCACCAGUAACUAUUGUCAUUGCAUAUUCAUUUUCAUUCCUACAAAAUUUAGCUUCACCUAACUUCACUUUACAGUUCAAUCAUGUUCAGUAAGAGGGUUUUCUGAAUACAGGAUGUUUGAAAGAAAACAAAAAGCUUGUAAUUAUGAUUUAUAUUAUUCAUUUACAUCACCUGUCUGGAAUGACUAAAUAUACUCAUGUCUAUGUAGUUGAAAAUUAUAUUCAAAUUUUUAUUCCACUGCGGUUUUGACACCACGGGUGCUACCCUAAUCAAGUAAAUUUCUGCAUAGAUUCUAGUUGUAUCUGUACUUUGGAGAAAAUUUGCAGCUAUUGGGGGACAUACAGUAAUGGGGAUUAGGGAAAUUUGUUGUAAUGUCUUAUCUUUUUGCAGUAUUGCUCAUCUGAUAUUUGUGGCUGGAUUGUAAGUGGCAGUUACAAGUCACAUG